AUGGCUCGUCCUCCCUACGUAGAUCCCAAUACCAACAUUAUCUACGAUUGCGACAAUCCAGAAUAUCAAGGAUAUUUGACCAAGCAAUCCAUGUGGCUCAAGGACUGGCGUCGACGUUAUGUCAUGUUGAAAGGCUCCAAGCUGUUCUUUUGCAAGAACGAAUACGGAGCCCCCCACGGAAUGAUCGAUCUGGCCUCGUGCACCACGGUCAAAUCGGCCGAUUUGAAAUCCAAAAAGAGACAUUCCUUUGAAAUUUCCACACCCGAAACUACCUUUUUGCUCUAUGCGGAUACCGAACAAGAAAAGGACGAUUGGAUUGGCCGGGUGGGCAAGGCCAUUGUCCGUUGUUCUAGUACAUACCAUGGUCAGAAUAAUAAGCAGCAACAGCAACAGCAACGGCAACAACAGCCAGGGCCCUAUGGACAAAUGCAAGGACAACACUUUGGGGGCAUGGAUGAUGACUCGGAUGAUGAUGAUAUCUACUACGAAGAUCCCAACAACCCAAAUCCUUACUUCAAUGAUUAA